CGGCGAAAACGGUUUGCACAACAGAAGGACUUGGCUGCAGCGGUGAUGGUGGCUGGUGGUGCACGCCUGGCGCUGUUCAGAGCAGCAGUGCAGCAUGUGCUGCUGGAUGAAGGCGGUGAGGGCGAUGCGCUGAUGGACACGCGGGUAGAUCGACACCGAGAGGCCGACAAGGAAGCGCAGGCAGCAUGCGACACACUCUCUGAGGAACUGAACAGGUUACGGCUGGAUGCAGCAGAGCAUGCGCGACACACAGCGACCGAGGACACAGCCGCGUUGUCUCCGGAAGUCAAGGAGAAGCGUCUCCUGGCCCGUAGAGUGUUGCUGUUGGAGAGCGAACUCGAGGCAUUGCACACAUACCCAUUCACAGUCCCCCAGCCGAGCGAAGAAGUCAUCCGCAGUCAGGCCGAGGCACGCGUGGACGCCAGCGUCAGCAGGCUGCAGUUUCUCAUUGCUCAGGUCACGCGCGACGUCCAGGACAUUGAAGCAACCAUCAAACGUCAGCAAGCGUGUCUGGCUGAGCACAUUGCCCUACGUGAGGGCCUCACAAAGCGAUUGGUGGACACGCGAGCAAAACUCGACGCCCAGGAGGCCGAGGCAUCAUCGGACGAUGGGAGGAAGCGUGCAUCGCAGGCUGCACGCAAGAUCAGACACCGUGCAAAGGCCGUCAGCAAAUGGAACCAGAAGCUCCUCAUCAAGAUGCGCGAGUUCCUUGACCAGCACUUCCCGUCGCCGCGCCCGGGCGAUGUGGCGGGCCGGCCGAUGGGAACAAAGGCCCCAAGGACCAUUGAGUCGUAUUUUCAUCGCACGCGCGGACACACGCGGGGAAGUGGCGGUGGCAGUGCAAGGCGGGGGAGGGGCAGGCACCCGCAGUACGACGACGAUGAUGAGGAGGAUGAGGAUGAAGACGCGCAGCUUGCGAGCGGCGGUACCACGUUCAUCAGCUUGCGGCAGCUCUUGCAGGAGCUGAUGAAUCAGUGCAUGACCAGCCCGCACGAUCCGUACAUCGCCAUUGAUGACGACAAGCACUGGCUGCCUUACCUCGAAAUGCUCCAACGCGCUGGCAUUACGCAAGUGCACCCGCGAGACCAGGCGAAGAUCAAGCUCACGGAGUUCCACGUAUAACAAACGAAGCGACCCUUUGUUCUCCCUUCCCAACACGCACACACACACACUCUCUCUCUCUCACACACCCGCGUACACAUGCGAGCGUUCAGUGCCACAGGCUUCUUUCUCCCCUGUUCUUCCCUUUUGUUGUUGCUUGCUGCCUGAUGCUGUUGCUCUGUCUCUCGUCAAUGCAUUUCCUCUCCUCUUACGUUC